AGCCCGGGAAGAGUAUCCCCACCCACCCUGGUGCAAGUGAGCUACCCUUAUCGUCCUCACCCAGCUUUUAAGGAAGCAACUAGAACUCUCGGGCUGCUCCUUCCAAGGAGCCCCUAGGGCACGGAGAGGCGCCCCGACCGGCCCACAGAUGUGCGCUCCCCGUCUGCACUGAAUCCUCUUAAGGAGCAGCGCUGGCUACUUCCCCUGGUUCCCUACUGAAGGAAAUGACCUUGAGCCAUUCCAUACUAAGAGGAUGACCAGCACGGAAAAAGCAGCUCUACUUCGGGAAGAGUAACAUCCAGUCUUACUGCAGCGGCAAGAGCAACGGAACCAUAAAUAGAGCGCAUUGGUAUUCCAGCGGUCUCUUCUCCCGGACGGACCAGCCUCGCGGGGUUGCCGUGGAGACCGAGCGAGCUGUGUGGAUGCGGCGGCGCGCUAACGCGCGGCCUUUGCCUGCUGUCUGCAAAGGGGGCUCGCAGGACCAACACCAAGAUGAUGCUUUCCAGAGCCAAGCCUGCGGUAGGCGGGGACCUACCGCACACCGACAAAAGGAGAAAGAAAGGCCGGAAGAUCCCCAAACUGGAGGAGCUGCUUUCACAGAGAGAUUUCACUGGCGCUAUUACCCUGUUGGAGUUUAAACGUCACGUUGGAGAACAAGAAGAGGAUACUAACUUGUGGAUUGGAUACUGUGCUUUUCACCUUGGUGACUACAAGCGCGCUUUAGAGGAAUAUGAAAAUGCAACAAAAGAAGAAAAUUGCAAUGCUGACGUCUGGGUGAACUUAGCCUGCACCUACUUCUUUCUUGGAAUGUACAAGCAAGCUGAAGAAGCUGGAUUUAAAGCUCCAAAAAGCCGACUCCAAAAUCGUCUGCUCUUCCAUUUGGCUCACAAGUUUAAUGAUGAGAAAAAAUUGAUGAACUUUCAUCAGAAUCUUCAAGACAUCACCGAAGAUCAACUCAGUUUGGCCUCCAUCCACUAUAUGCGCUCUCAUUACCAGGAAGCUAUUGAUAUAUAUAAGCGGAUACUACUAGACAACAGGGAAUACCUCGCCCUCAAUGUUUACGUGGCCCUCUGCUACUACAAGUUGGAUUACUACGAUGUAUCCCAAGAGGUGCUGGCUGUUUACCUGCAGCAGAUUCCCGACAGUACCAUCGCGCUCAACCUGAAGGCCUGUAAUCAUUUCCGCCUGUACAACGGCAAAGCCGCUGAGGCAGAACUUAGAAGCUUGAUGGACAAUGCUUCUUCAUCCUUUGAAUUUGCCAAAGAACUCAUCAGGCACAAUCUGGUGGUUUUCCGAGGAGGCGAAGGAGCUUUGCAAGUCUUACCUCCCCUGGUUGAUGUGAUUCCUGAAGCAAGGCUAAAUUUAGUGAUUUAUUACCUUCGUCAAGAUGAUGUACAAGAAGCUUACAAUUUAAUUAAGGAUUUAGAACCUACUACUCCUCAGGAAUAUAUCCUUAAAGGAGUGGUCAAUGCAGCCCUUGGCCAGGAAAUGGGUUCAAGGGAUCAUUUGAAAAUCGCCCAGCAGUUCUUCCAGUUGGUAGGAGGAUCAGCCAGUGAAUGUGAUACCAUUCCAGGCAGACAAUGUAUGGCUUCCUGUUUCUUCCUGCUUAAGCAAUUUGAUGACGUCUUGAUUUACCUCAACUCAUUUAAGAGCUAUUUCUAUAAUGAUGACAUCUUUAACUUCAAUUAUGCACAAGCCAAAGCUGCCACAGGCAAUACCAGUGAAGGUGAAGAGGUCUUCCUCUUAAUCCAGAGUGAGAAGAUGAAAAACGAUUACGUUUACCUCAGUUGGCUAGCUCGGUGCUAUAUCAUGAAUAAAAAACCAAGACUAGCCUGGGAACUUUAUCUCAAGAUGGAAACUUCUAGUGAAUCCUUUAGUAUCUUACAGCUCAUUGCUAAUGACUGCUACAAGAUGGGUCAGUUUUACUACUCAGCCAAAGCCUUUGAUGUGCUCGAGAGGCUGGACCCCAACCCUGAAUAUUGGGAAGGCAAAAGGGGUGCCUGUGUGGGCAUUUUCCAGAUGAUCUUAGCUAAGAGAGAACCCAAAGAGACACUUCGAGAAGUCCUCCACCUGCUGAGAAGCACGGGGAACACCCAGGUGGAGUACAUCAUCCGGAUCAUGAAGAAAUGGGCCAAAGAGAACAGGGUGCCUGUGUGAGACAGCGGGAGGAGCCCCGGGAGCCGGCUGCUUCCGCCUGGCGUGGAUGCGGAAAUCAUUGCUCUCAAGCUUCCUGUACAAGGCAGGGCUCUGUCUGAUGGACAUUUUCCUCCCUUGCUCCUCACAUCUCCAGGUCAUUGACUGACUUACCUGGACCCAGCCUCCUGGCUGAACAAAGUGUCACAGUCUAAAACUGUGGCCCCUGUGCGGUCCUCCUAGCAAUAAGACUGUGUGAACUUACCCAGUGCCUUUUUUCCAGAACUAUUGGAGACGCUUACGUAAUCUACUGAUUUUAAAGAGAACAGCAUAACUUUG